UAGCAGUUUAGUUUUUCUAUCAUCAGUGAAUUUUAUUUAAUUAUGCGCUGAUGGAAUACAUUUAUUGCUGUAUAUCUACUUCUUCGAAUAGACCUAAACUAGUGUUCUUCCUAAGGGAUAAUUUACUGAAAUUAUAAUGUCUGGAAGUCAUAUGAAUAAGGAACCUGAACACAAAUCGCCAAGGGAGAGUGGCGAGGAUUCAGAGGACGAAAGCGAAAUUUUAGAGGAAAGCCCCUGCGGAAGAUGGUUGAAACGUCGAGAAGAGGUUGAACAAAGGGAUGUCCCUGGCAUCGACAGCGCCUACCUCGCAAUGGACACCGAAGAGGGCGUUGAAGUGGUGUGGAACGAAGUGCAGUUUUCCGAACGAAAGAACUUCAAAAGUCAAGAGGAGAAGAUCCAGCUCGUCUUCGAGAACUUGACGCAGCUCGAGCAUCCGAACAUCGUCAAGUUCCACAGAUACUGGACCGACACACACAAUGACAAACCUAGGGUAAUAUUCAUCACGGAGUACAUGUCGUCGGGAUCGCUAAAGCAAUUCCUGAAAAGAACUAAGCGAAACGUGAAAAAACUUCCUUUGCAAGCGUGGCGUCGAUGGUGCACCCAAAUACUCUCAGCGUUAAGCUACUUGCAUUCCUGCUCUCCACCGAUCGUCCACGGCAAUCUCACCUGUGAUACCAUAUUUAUACAGCACAAUGGCCUCGUCAAGAUCGGAUCAGUGGCUCCCGAUUCCAUAAACCAUCACGUUAAAACAUGCCAGGACGAUUUCAAAAAUAUGCAUUUCAUUGCUCCCGAGCAUCCUUCCCACAACGGUCCACCGAUCGACAUCUACUCGUUCGGCAUGUGCGCGUUGGAGAUGGCGGCGCUGGAGAUAGUCGGCAACGGCGACAGCGGCAACAAGGUGACGGACGAGAACGUGAAGAAGACGAUCGACUCGCUGGACGACGAGCAACAGAAGGAUUUCAUCCAGAAGUGCCUGCGGACGAGGCCGGAGGAACGGCCCACGGCCAAGGAGCUGCUCUUCCAUCCGCUCCUAUUCGAGGUGCACAGCCUCAAGCUGCUGGCCGCCCACGUAUUAGUUAGGAAAUCCGCAAACAUAUCCGAGACGAUAACGGACGAGCUGAUGCAAAGGUGGUACGGACCGGAGGUGAUUGUGGCCGAGAUCAAGAUGCGGGAAGCGGAAAAACCGAUCCAGACGAAGAUGUCCGACGUGCCGGUCAACGAGAAGCUGGAAAAGUUCGUCGAAGAUGUCAAAAACGGUAUUUACCCUUUGACAGCGUUUGGCGCGAAACAGCCUCCACCUGCGCGAUCGCGAGCAAUCUCGCCCGAAAUGGCCGAAUCGGUGAAAUCGGUGACGCCCGAGCCGCUUGACGUAGAAAAUAGGAAAAUAAUCAAUAUGAUGUGUGAUGUAAAAUCCAAAGAAGAAAGCUGUGAUUUAAUGUUGACUAUUGUACUUAGGAUGGACGACAAAAUGAAUAGACAAUUAACUAGUUGCAUAUCCGCCGGCGACAACCCCAAAGAGUUGGCCCAUGAACUUGUUCAUUAUGGUUUUAUAAACGAUAUCGACCGCGAUAAAAUAGCGGGCCUAAUCGAGGAGGCGAUCCAGAACGCCGCCUCGGGCCACAGCAGCCCGGCCAACUUCCAGAUGACGCUGCCGACGCUGGCUGCCGCCGUCGCCCACCAGCAGCAGCAACAGCAACAACAGCACCACCAACAACACACCUCCGCCCCGACGACGGCGCCCAGCACCGGGAACGCGACCGCAGCGCCGCACCUCGUCAACUCGCUGCCGUCGGUCGUCACCAACGCCACUCAAGUGCCCAUGCAUACGACCAGUUAGUAACUGCUGAACGGUAAUUUAAUUCGACAGCGACGCAAAUUCGGGAUCCCCACUGCCCCCCGAGCGCAUCUAAUCAGUUAGUCCUAGUGAUACUCUUACGAAACGGUUUCGAUCGAAUUUUGCGGAUUUGUUGGCAACGCUGACAUACAAGACGUUUCUCGCCUUUUACCUCGUCCCUGUGCUUCGUUUUAGAUGUGCUCAGUGCCCAGGUGAAACUAAGCACAAGACCAGUUCUUAUGAAUUUGGUAAGUAGUUAAAUCCAUGGUAACACCAUGUUUGAUAUGCAGACAUUGUUUGUACUGCAGAAUCCAUGUUUCCGUAGAAACUAACCAAAAUAAAUAAUACUAGCAGGCUUAAAAUUAUACAGUCCCUGGCCAAUUUAUUCUUUAGUUUUGAGAAUUUGUAAAAUAGUCAAUAUCUUAUGAUAAAAAUGUAUUUUUGAAUGCAAAAGUGAUUUUAUGAAUAAAACACGUUAAAAACUCUUUUUAGGACAUUAAUUAGAUAAAAUUUAAAUUGAAAAAUGUAUGGUUAAAAAUUACUAAAAUACUCAAGUUAUGUUUAGGGUUUUAAAGUGUCGAAAAAAAGCGUCACUUUUUUCUCUAAAUCAGUGUACGGAUGUUAUUCGCAAAAAUGUGAAAAUUUUCUGAAAAAUUUCCUAAGUUUUCCGUUUUUUUC